AUGGAUCCCCGGUAUACUAAUUUUCAUGAUGUUGCCUCUUUGAUUUUUGAUGUAUGUUCUAGAGAGGAUCCUAUGGUGACCGGGAGGGUAGCGGUUAUGAUGGAUAUCAUGUGGAAAAAUCGUAAUAAUAUGGUUUGGAAUAAUGCAAGUGAGAGUUGUUCUAUUCUUGGUUCUCAAGCUCUUUGCGUUUGGCAAAAUUGGUUUAAGGCACAGAUUAACAUGAGCCACGAGCAUAUUCCAAGUAUGGCAAUUAGAUGGUAUCCUCCGGUGGAAGAGAGUAUGAAGUGCAAUGUUGAUGCGGGCUUUAAUACUAGUAGGGGCACUACGAAUAGAGGAUGGUGUAUUCGAAAUCACUUUGGUAACUUUGUGUGUGGAGGAGCAGCUUGGGAUUUUGGGUCUCUUUCGAUUAUUGAGGCGGAAGCUUUGGCUAUUAAAGAGGCUAUCCUUAGUGUUAUCGAUCUCCAUAUGGAAAAGGUUAUCUUCGAAAGUGAUUCACAAAGUACUAUCCAAGCUAUUCAUUCGGGUAUUCCUGGUUUGUCAAAAUUUAGUUUUAUUAUUUCUUCAAUUCGUAGUUUGUUGCUUAAUUUUCCUAACUUUGAGGUUAAGUUUGUAAAACGCCAAGCGAACUCGGUUGCUCAUGCCUUAGCUAAGGCGGCCGAUUCUUGGACUAGGCGUAGUUGGUUUGAUGUGACUCCUCCUUGUAUUGCUACUUUGUUGAUUAAUGAUAUGAGUUGA